UACCCAAGGCCCAAAUUACUCUCCUGAUUUAAAUUCCAAGGAGUUAAGAACAAAACGGUUUUUGGUUCGUUUUCCAGAAUCGAAGAACGAAAAAUAUGGACAAAAUGAAGAAGAAGAAACAUCAGGAUGAUCCAAAAGGUGGAAAUGCGAUAUUUUUGUCUGUAUCACCAUUGAAAGCUCUUACUCUUCAUCUGAUCUGUGGAGUAGGGUUAGGUUUAGCUUUCUGGGUAGCUGAACACAUCUACGCCGUCGAUCUCAUCACUCAUCCAUCGCAAACGCUUCGUCUGAUUUCUGUGUUUUUGGCUCCAAUAGUGAUUCUUCUUUACAGUCACCUUCGACACGAUAGGAGCCAAUGCUCUUACGUCAAAGCUAUAGGACGAGGCCUGCUGGCGCUUCCUGCUGGGGCCGUAGUAAAUGCAGCGGGAGCUGCUAUAUUAGGAGCACCUGUUGGUUUCGAGUAUUUUCCCAAGACCCUUAAUUGGUCUCUUCUGAUGUCACUGCUCACUUUUGUACCAGCAGCUUGUGUUUUCGGCUCAUCAUGGACUGAUUGGCACCGUGUAUUUGCUAAAACAAAGACAAAUGGGUCCACAGACUGUAUGAUCUGUCUACCAGCUCAUGGAGCUGUUAUUGGAGCGUGGUUUGGUGCUUGGCCGAUGCCACUUGAUUGGGAAAGCCCAUGGCAGGAAUGGCCUAUUUGUGUGACUUAUGGAGCUAUAGCUGGUUAUCUCGUGGGGCUUGUGGCAUCCUUGGGCUGCAUUUUCUUCCGUAAGCGCCAGCAGUAUCUAAAAGAAGAGUAGAGUCUGGCUUCUGAGAAUUAGCCGUGAAGGCUCUUGAUGCUAAUAAUAGUCUUGGGACGAAGUUAGGCCUUUGGUACUCGAGCCAAAUAGCAAUAUGAUAUCCAAUUUUGCUCUCUUUCUAUAUUCAGUAUAUCUUUCUUCUUUUUUCUAGAGUGUAGUCCAUUUCUUUAACACAUUGAGAAAUGAUGUUCAAGAAGAGAUACAGAAGUUCCUGAAGGAAGUUUUUGCAGGAUGCAUGUUAGUAGAUCAAGCCGAGGGUCUAUCUUUAACAGCCUCUCUCUACUUUCACAAGGUACGGGUAAGGUCUGCGUACACACUAACCUCCCCAGACCGGGGUCACAUUGAGUUUGUCGUUUGUUUGGAUGUUAGUAGAUAUCUAGCAUUUUGCUUCUGUUAACUUGGACAUUUAUGGAUUUGUAAAUUGAACCACUUGUGUGCACGUCUCUCUGGACAUUCAGGUAACUACUUACAAGUUAAACACAUA